AAAAAAAAAAAGUGAUGAGUUGUGAGGCAGGUCGCGGCCCUACAGCCCCAGGAGACGAUGCGCAGCUCAUUUGCUUAAAUUUGCAGCUGACGGCUGCCACCUCUCUAGAGGCACCUGGCGGGGAGCCUCUCAACAUCAGACAGUGACCAGUCUGGUGACUCACAGCCGGCACAGCCAUGAACUACCCGCUAAUGCUGGAAAUGGACCUCGAGAACCUGGAGGACCUGUUCUUGGAAUUUGACAAAUUCGACAACUAUAACGACACCUCCCUGGUGGAAAAUCACCUCUGCCCUGCCACAGAGGGGCCCCUCAUGGCCUCCUUCAAGGCUGUGUUCGUGCCCGUGGCCUACAGCCUCAUCUUCCUCCUGGGCGUGAUCGGCAACGUCCUGGUGCUGGUGAUCCUGGAGCGGCACCGGCAGACACGCAGCUCCACGGAGACCUUCCUGUUCCACCUGGCCGUGGCCGACCUCCUGCUGGUCUUCAUCUUGCCCUUUGCCGUGGCCGAGGGCUCUGUGGGCUGGGUCCUGGGGACCUUCCUCUGCAAAACUGUGAUUGCCUUGCACAAAGUCAACUUCUACUGCAGCAGCCUGCUCCUGGCCUGCAUCGCCGUGGACCGCUACCUGGCCAUUGUCCAUGCCGUCCACGCCUACCGCCACCGCCGCCUCCUCUCCAUCCACAUCACCUGCGGGACCAUCUGGCUGGUGGGCUUCCUCUUUGCCUUGCCAGAGAUUCUCUUCGCCAAAGUCAGCCAAGCCCAUCCCAACAACUCCCUGCCACGUUGCACCUUCUCCCAAGAGAACCAAGCCGAAACGCAUGCCUGGUUCACCUCCCGAUUCCUCUACCACGUGGCGGGAUUCCUGCUGCCCAUGCUGGUGAUGGGCUGGUGCUACGUGGGGGUAGUGCACAGGUUGCGCCAGGCCCAGCGGCGCCCUCAGCGGCAGAAGGCAGUCAGGGUGGCCAUCCUAGUGACGAGCAUCUUUUUCCUCUGCUGGUCACCCUACCACAUCGUCAUCUUCCUGGACACCCUGGUGAGGCUGAAGGCUGUGGACAAUACCUGCGAGCUAAAUGGCUCUCUCCCCGUGGCCAUCACCAUGUGUGAGUUCCUGGGCCUGGCCCACUGCUGCCUCAACCCCAUGCUCUACACUUUCGCCGGCGUGAAGUUCCGCAGUGACCUCUCGCGGCUCCUGACCAAGCUGGGCUGUACCGGCCCUGCCUCCCUGUGCCAGCUCUUCCCUAGCUGGCGCAAGAGCAGUCUCUCUGAGUCAGAGAAUGCCACCUCUCUCACCACGUUCUAGGUCCCAGUGUCCCCCUUUAUUGCUGCUUUUCCUUGGGGCACGCAGUGAUGCUGGAUGCUCCCUCCAACAGGAGCUGGGAUCCUAAGGGCUCACGGUGGCUUAGAGUGUCCUAGCUGGGGUAGCUAGAGGAACCAACCCCCAUUUCUAGGACAUCCCUGCCAGCUCUUCUGCCAGCCCUGGGACUCAACUGGAGCCCAGGGAGCGGAAAGCAGCUCGAAGGCACAGUGAAGCCUGUCUCUACCCAUCUGCACCCUCUUGGGCUGAGAGAACCUCAGGUACCUCCCAUCCUAAUCAUCCAACGCUCCGGAAACAACUUCUACUUCUGCCCUUGCCGACGGAGAGCGCCUGUCCCUCCCAGAACACACUCCAUCAGCUUAGGGCUGCUGACCUCCACAGUUCCCCCUCUCCCCUCCUACCCACCUGUCCGCAAGGCCAGGAG